CCGGAUCUAUGAGAGAUCGACCUGUAGUAUCCACAGUCGUGUCUUUACAUUCAAUCACUCAACGUUCGCCUUGUCCCCCACUCAAGAACCAUGCCUAAAGAGCUUGAUCAGUCUCACAGUGAGCAUGUUCAAGAUGUCACAACCGGAAAGAAAGAAGCAGUGCAGACCCCAGAAGCCAUAGCGACCGCGCUUAACAAUGUAGGAGCUCCGUCCCCAUGGGGCAAAGGCCAUCUCCAGCUGUACAUGGCUUGUGCGAUCAUCUACCUGUGUUCGACCAUGAAUGGCUACGACGGCUCGCUCAUGGGUUCGCUUAAUGUGCUCCCAGAGUAUCAGAAAUACUACGGGCUGGGUGAUACUGGGUCGACCUCGACAGGAUUGGUAUUCUCCAUAUUCCAGAUCGGACAGAUGGCCGGCGCCUUGUUCACUUGGAUAUGCGACUGGAGAGGCCGUAAGAUGACUCUCGGUGUCAGUUCAUUUUUCGUCUGUGCAUCUGCUAUCUUCACUGCAGUAGCCCCGACUUUGUCUUCGUUUAUCGGCGCAAGAUUCCUCCUCAGCUUCUUCUCGACCAUCAACACCGUCGCUGCGCCGAUGCUUCUCGUCGAGAUUGCUCCUCCUCUACACCGAGCAACAGUGGCAGGAAUAUACAACACUUUGUACUAUAUUGGAAGCAUCGUUGCAACAUUCACUAUGUACGGUGCCAACAACCAUUUGAGCGGCAACAUCAAGUGGCGUCUUCCCCUCUGGCUGCAGAUGCUCUGCCCCGGACUCGUCUGCCUAGGUAGCUGGAUGUUGCCCGAGAGUCCGAGAUGGCAGGUGGCUCAGGGAAGAAUGAAAGCAGCUCGCGAAUUCAUUAUCAAGCAUCACGCAAAUGGCGACGCAGAGCACCCAAUUGUUGCCAUUGAAAUGCAAGAGAUCCAGGAUUCACUCGUUGAAGUUCAAGGCCGCUCCCAAUGGGCUUGCUUCGACCUACGAAGCCUUUACAAAUCUCGCGACCGCCGUUAUAGAAUUAUGCUAGUCAUUGCCAUGUCUUGGUUUGGGCAAUUUUCUGGCAACAACGUUUCGAGUUACUAUCUCCCAUUAAUGGUCGAGAAUGUCGGGAUAACCUCUACGAACAUGGUUCUUUUGUUGAAUGCAUUCUAUGCACUCUCGGGAUGGGUGGCUGCUACAAUUGGAGCUCGUCUCCACGAUGUUGUUGGAAGACGCAAGAUGCUGAUGGGCUCGUGUCUGAGUAUGUCUAUUGCGCUUGCUAUUGUUGCCGCCACGGCAGCCGAGUAUGAGCGCUCUGGCAGCACACCUUCAAGCUCAGCAAGCAUUGCGUUUAUCUUUAUUUUUGGGGUUGUCUUUGCAGUCGGAUUCACUCCAAUGCAGCCCAUUUAUCCAGCAGAGGUUUUAGCUAAUGACAUGCGAGCCAAUGGCAUGAUGAUAUUUCAGAUAACCUCCGGCUGCGCAGGGUUUGUCAACACUUUCGCAGCUCCAGUUGCUAUGAAGAACAUUCGGUACUGGUUCUACGUGUUUUUUGUGUUUUGGGAUCUGUUUGAGUUCGCCUUUAUCUACUUUUUCUUUGUCGAGACCAAGGGGCGGAGCUUGGAGGAACUGGGCGCUGUUUUUGCAGCUAAGAAUCCACGCAAAGCGAGUACCCGGCGGAUCUCAGAGCCUCACUGUUAAGUAAUGCACAAUGAUUGGUUAUCCUAGAGAUUGAAUCAUGAGCCUAAUAGCUAUAGUAUUAACGUAUCUAACAUACCUGCCAUUAACUGCAAUUGUGUAGGAACAUUAGUACAUGAGUGGAUGAAAAUUAGCGAUGAGGCUUCUGUGGGCAAGGAAGCGAAUAGCGGAUCUAGUAUAAUGUAUUAAAUGGUAGCUCUCACUACUACUAAUGAGCUCAAUACUCUGGUUCCUAUAGUGAACCUUAUGAUUUAAUAGAUAAAUGCAGGUAUUGUAGAUUAUUAUCUUUAUAGUUCUGGCUAUUAGAAUACAACGAGCUAUGCUUACUCUUA